AUGGCUGAUGUAACAUAUAAUUUGAUUAGUCAAGGAAAGAAUAGCAGCAAAUGGAAGCAUCUGCUACAGGAGGUCGUAGACUAUGGUCUGACAAUUGCUGACGCAGCAACACCCCAUAAGUCACUCAAGACAUCCAAGGAACCCGAGUCACUCAAGACAUCCAAGGAACCCGAGUCAUUCAAGACAUCCAAGGAACCCGAGUCAUUCAAGACAUCCAAGGAACCCGAGUCAUUCAAGACAUCCAAGGAACCCGAGUCACUCAAGACAUCCAAGGAACCCGAGUCAUUCAAGACAUCCAAGGAACCCGAGUCAUUCAAGACAUCCAAGGAACCCGAGUCAUUCAAGACAUCCAAGGAACCCGAGUCAUUCAAGACAUCCAAGGAACCCGAGUCACUCAAGACAUCCAAGGAACCCGAGUCAUUCAAGACAUCCAAGGAACCCGAGUCAUUCAAGACAUCCAAGGAACCCGAGUCAUUCAAGACAUCCAAGGAACCCGAGUCAUUCAAGACAUCCAAGGAACCCGAGUCAUUCAAGACAUCCAAGGAACCCGAGUCACUCAAGACAUCCAAGGAACCCGAGUCAUUCAAGACAUCCAAGGAACCCGAGUCAUUCAAGACAUCCAAGGAACCCGAGUCAUUCAAGACAUCCAAGGAACCCGAGUCAUUCAAGACAUCCAAGGAACCCGAGUCAUUCAAGACAUCCAAGGAACCCGAGUCAUUCAAGACAUCCAAGGAACCCGAGUCAUUCAAGACAUCCAAGGAACCCGAGUCACUCAAGACAUCCAAGGAACCCGAGUCACUCAAGACAUCCAAGGAACCCGAGUCAUUCAAGACAUCCAAGGAACCCGAGUCAUUCAAGACAUCCAAGGAACCCGAGUCACUCAAGACAUCCAAGGAACCCGAGUCAUUCAAGACAUCCACGGAACCCGAGUCAUUCAAGACAUCCAAGGAACCCGAGUCACUCAAGACAUCCAAGGAACCCGAGUCAUUCAAGACAUCCAAGGAACCCGAGUCAUUCAAGACAUCCAAGGAACCCGAGUCACUCAAGACAUACAAGGAACCCAAUUCAUUCAAGACUUCCAAGGAACCCGAGUCAUUCAAGACAUCCAAGGAACCCGAGUCACUCAAGACAUCCAAGGAACCCGAGUCAUUCAAGACAUCCAAGGAACCCGAGUCAUUCAAGACAUCCAAGGAACCCGAGUCAUUCAAGACAUCCAAGGAACCCGAGUCAUUCAAGACAUCCAAGGAACCCGAGUCAUUCAAAACAUCCAAGGAACCCGAGUCAUUCAAUACAUCCAAUGAACCCGAGUCAUUCAAGACACAUACGUCAUCCAUUACACCCGAGGUGACCCUAGUAAUCCAAGUCACACAGGACAUACGAAACAGGUUUGUAUUGUGA